AUGGAGAAAGCAAAUGGUGUCCGCUGGUCAAAGCUCCAUCAUCUUCCUUAUUUCAACACUGUUGAAUGCACCAUAAUCGAUCCUGUGCACAGCCUCUUCCUUGCCGCCAUGCAAGACGAAGCAGACAAGUUGAAAGUUCUUGUGGGUUUCACUUCCUUGAGAAAGAAAAUCGCAAUGAAUUUUCCUUUUAUGAAGGCUGGUGAAUGGAAGUCCUGGUGUCUCAUAUACUCCCUUGCCAUUCUGCUUGGCUGUCUUCCACAAGAGCAUUUUGACUACUGGAUGUGCUUUGGCAAUGCUUGUUGCUACCUUACCAUGCCCAGCAUCACAUACUGCUACCUAGCUGAGGCUCAUUUUUGUUUGCAGUUGUUUUGCCAAAAGAGUGCGGAAUAUUAUGGGGAGCAGUUUAUCUCCCCGAAUAUGCAUCUACAUCUCCACAUACAGAAAACAGUGGUUAACUUUGGACCGUCGUAUGGAUAUUGGCUAUUCAGCUUUGAACGCUUUAAUAUUAUACUUAAAGCGUAUAAUACAAAUGGCAAGGAUGGUUUUGAAGCAACAUUUAUGAAGAAAUAUAUGGAAAAUACAUCUAAGGCCAAUCUCAUCCAUACAAUUAUGCCCCUACUUAAAAACGAAAAUCAAAAAACAUUACUGAGUGAGCUUACAAACACCAAUAUGCCACUAAUCAAUAUGCCACCAAUCAAUAUGCUACGAAAUUUUAACUUGAGUGUUUUCCUUAACUCUAUGAACAAUAUGCAUCAAAUCAGAGGUAACGAGCCAUUAACUCAAAGCUGCUAUCUGCUCAAACUUGGCCACUAUGAACCUAUGAGAGAACAAGAAUAUGCCCAUCUCCUCAACUUUUACCAUAUAAGAUAUGCCAAUAUAAAUCUACGAGAUUAUUGGGAGGCAGUCGCCUAUAUGCCGUUUAUAAACAAUAUCAUUCAAAAGAUGUCAUCCAUAAAUCUUCUUGGCCAGGUUUACAAAAGUGAAUCAUUUAUACAGUCAUUAUUUAUAAGAACUAACAGCACUGCAAUCAAAACGUAUACUGGUCAAAUACAAUACAUAUUCUUAAAUGACAUCAUUGACCUUAGACUAUAUGAACCAAUCUGCCACACUUUUGUCUACGUAAAAUGGUACAACUCUGCAGUUGAGAACGCAACAGAAGUGAGAGAUGUUGUGACUAAUGACUUUGAGUUCUUUGCAGACGACUUUCAUUGCAUAUUGCCAGUUCAUUGCAUCUCAUUAUCUGCUGCCAUUGGUGAACCUGUAAAUGAAGAAGGAGUUGUCAAGAUAGUUAUUGUAUCAAUUCUUAGAAAAAUAUAUGCUUAG